CUUCAAUCUUGAUUUUGACAGUCUCAACUAAUUUGGUGUUCAGCUCGGAGUUUGGAUAAAGAAGUAUUGCAAUUGGUUCUCACAAGAUACCCAUACGACGACAUACCCCUAUACGCCGUUGCUCCUCUGCCCUAUAACUCGAUACUGAAACCCAAGCCGAAUCCAGUUUACUCUCAACCCAUCUCCAGCUCACCAGUCACAAUGGAAGACCCUCCAAUGGUCGAGGACGUUGCCCUCGAGACUCCAGUCCCGGGUGCCUUUGUCCCCCCUUCUAUCAACGAAAAGGCCAUUCUCUCAGGCGAUUCAUACACAUACUUCUCCCCAGUUCCCUCAACACUUCUCCCACCAACAUCAGCAACCAAACCCAGCACACCUGAUGAAGCUGAUUCGCCAGCAGCGUCCGGCACCCCAGUCUGUCUGGGUGUCGAUGAGGCCGGCCGCGGGCCGGUCUUGGGACCCAUGGUGUAUGGUGUCUUCUACCUACCUAUUCCUCUCUCAGACCCCUUACUCCGUGAGACCCAUCACUUUGACGACUCCAAAGUGCUCACACCGGCCGUCCGCUCACAACUCAUGACGGCUCUAUGUACGCCAGGCUCCGACUUGGCCGAGACUUGCGGCUUCGCCAUCUCAGCUCUCAGUGCCCGCGAUAUCUCAUCAGGCAUGAUGCGCCCAGUGGCCAACUACAACCUCAACGCCCAGGCCAUGGACGCCACCGUCGACUUGAUCAAGGGUGUCUUUUCUCAGGGUGUCAAUAUCCAGGAGAUUUACGUUGAUACCGUCGGUCAGCCCGCCGCCUACCAAGCUAAGCUCCAGCGCUUCUUCCCCGCAACAAAAAUUACAGUCGCGAAGAAGGCAGACAGUCUCUACCCUUGUGUAUCGGCCGCCUCUGUAUGCGCAAAGGUCACUCGUGACGUCGCACUCGAGGUUCUUUACAAAGGCCGAGCCCCUGACGCUGCGGCAGAGGGAGAGGAGGGCAUGGCUUGGGGUUCGGGAUACCCAUCAGAUGGACGAUGCGUGUCAUGGAUGAGGUCUAAUAUGCACCCAGUGUUUGGAUGGGGGCCCGAAUGCCGGUUCAGCUGGGGCACGGCCAAGGACAUGCUCGAUGCCAAGGGAAACCCCAAGGUGGACUGGCCAGUCGAAGAAGAUGGUGAUACCGCGCGGAUGACAGACUACUUCGCGUCGGGGAAUAGGGAUGAAGACGGUGAUGAGUUGGGUACUUGGUUUGGGAAGCCGGCUGGCUUGGAGGCGUUUUAGUUAGUUGGUUCAGACUGGGAUUGUAAAAUAUAUGUUUCACUAUUGAAUACCGCUUUGGAGGUGUAAAGACGUACCGUUGCCUACCUUGGGAUGUCCAUGGGUAUGAGCGGCGAUGUCUGAAUAGGCACCAGGGAACAACGAUGGUUUGCUCACGUGUAAACCUCAUCAAUAUUGUCAAUAGGCAAUACUUUACCCU